AUUGGUGAGCUCAAUACAUUUAAUCUCAUGAAUAUUCUCCUUUUUUAAUAUUUACCUCAUAUGAAAAUUUUUGUUUUGUUUUACUCUUAGUAAAUAGUUUGACUUAUUCUCAGAUCUCUACAACUCUUACUUUCAAGAAUGCCAAAUAAAGGCAGUAUUGUAUGCCGAUGAAAUUGAGUAGUAUGCAGAAAUGCUUAAACUCAUGAAUAUCUAUCUCAUCUCUACCGCAAGAGUCAAAAUCUCCCAAACUUCACACGGCAAGCCGGUACAUAAAUUUUACUGGGUUCUUGACAAAAAAACAGUAAUUGAACAUAUCACACCAUCUAAUGGAGUUGAGAAACCACUUCCGCCACCAACCAAGCUGAAUAUCACAACCUUUGACCGCAUUCCUCACAUGAUGCUUGAUUCUGCUGUUGAAAUCGAUAUACUGACAAUCGUUCUUCGUUGUGGUCCUCAAAAAUACGCAGGUCGCAGUCAUCAUAAGUGUCGAGAAAUUAUCAUUUGUGACAAUCAGAAAAAUCAAUUUCUCCUCACUCUAUGGGAGGAUUUCGGAGAAAUUGAAGGAAAUGAAAUCGAAGCAAAAAUGGAAAAAGAGACGGAUCUUAUUGUAAUACGGUGCAACAGAAAAAAAUAA